GUAAGAGCCAAUCACGAACUGGUUAAUUGAACGCGUCACCGCAGCUGCAUUUAAAAGCUCCGGUUUCCGUAGAAACAACAAGUGUUCUGCGAUUCUGCGAAACACGUUUAGCAGUGCGCAUGCGCACUGACCGGACUAACCGGAAAUUUACGCUUAUACCGCUAUUUGGGAGCAGGAAACAAUGUACUGUGCUGCGCGUGUCGGAUUGUUUUGCUGAAUAGGAAUAUGUUAUUUAAACGAACUUGAGAAACAGUUCUUGGCAUCUCGGUAUUUCCACAUUCAAGUAGAUAAGAGUUGAUUUGGACAGCGGCCCGGAUGCGAUGAGAAUACGGCCACCGAGUGAACAGAGUUUACAAGAAACGGACUUUAAACUAUAAUGAAACCAGAGAGCAGCCAGAUGAACGGGUCGCUGGGCCCGAUGCGAGUGUUGGUGACGGGCGGCAGUGGGCUGGUGGGGCGAGCGAUAGAACGUCUGGUGAAAGAAGAGGGCAAAAACAGAAAAGGAGAAGAAUGGAUAUUCCUGACAUCCAAAGAUGCCAAUCUUCUGAGCGCUGAAGAGACGAGAGCAGCCUUCGAGAAACAUCGUCCGACGCACGUCAUUCAUUUAGCCGCGAUGGUGGGCGGACUCUUCAGAAACAUGAGACAGAACCUGGACUUCUGGAGGAAUAAUGUGUUUAUUAAUGACAACGUGCUGAAGGCGGCUCAUGAGUUCGGAGCGCUGAAGGUCGUUUCUUGCCUUUCCACGUGUAUCUUUCCAGAUAAAACUGCUUACCCUAUAGAUGAGACUAUAGAGCGCCCUCUGGUGGCUGGAGACGUGGGAGAAGAGGAUGAGGUGUCCAUUAAGUUUGCUGCGGACGCUGUGGUCGAAGCGUUGGGGUUCAAAGGUGACGUGAUUUAUGACACUAGUAAAUCAGACGGUCAGUUCAAGAAAACGGCCAGUAACACCAAACUACGCAAAUACCUGCCAGACUUCAAGUUCACGCCGUUCAAACAAGCCAUCCAGGAGACGUGUGAUUGGUUUGUGGCAAAUUAUGACUCCGCCCGUAAAUGAAGCUCUUCACAUCUGAUUGGCUGCAGGGAGCUUGGACACUGUUGCUUGAAACCGAACUUGAACAACACUUGAACUUUUUACAAAGACACUGCCAUCUAAGCCCUCUUUUCAUGCCAAUUUAAAGUUUUCUUUAAAUAGAUUCAUUUUACAAGAAUGCAGUUACUAAAUCUGCACAAUGCUGCGUUUUUAAAUGCAUUUAUUAAUGCAUAAACCGCUUCAGAUGGCGCCAUCUAGCGGCCACGCGCGGGACAUCCUUAGUAUCUCAAACAAGGUUUAAAAUUAAGCCCCAAAUUAAAGCAUUGGUGAGUAUUUUUAAUUUUAAUUUUAACAAUGCAUGGAUGUAAGAACUCAGUAAGUAGUGCUGUUAUGAAAUCACAAAAGCAAUAUGUAAGUAUAUUGUCCAAAACAAUAGGUGUUCACUUUUAACGCUGAAGACGUUUUCUGUGAAUGUGUUAGUUCAUCAGUAAACGGUGAAAACCAGUGUGUUCACAAUUAAGAUAAUGCAAUUAAAAUAAUAUGGUAAGACUCAUCAGUUUGCAAUAUCAAGCAGCAAAACAAUUGCUUUAUACAGCUAAAAAUAGCUGGAAACGGAUGACACCGGAAGCCACACAUUAAAUUUACAAAUUUACUUUCUGAACAUCUAACAUCUGAAAACUGAUACGAAACAUCCUAUUGAUGUUUUAUUGCAGAUUAGAAAAUGUGCAAAUACGUCUGUGAUAUCAGGGUACGACAUUCACUGCUAGAUGGUGAUCUCUUGAACCAAUGAAGGAGUUUCUUAUAGUUGACUUUGGGUCAGUUUUAUGAUGAAGAUUGAUUUCUUGUUAAUUUAAUCGAUUGUAAUACUUGUGGAUGUGUAAAUGGAGAAAAUGGAGAGUGAUACUUAAUUGUGUCUAAUUGAGCAAACAUUGCUUAAUAACACAAAAAUCAAUAAAAAAAUUAUACAGAACCCUCA